CUUUAAAAUAAAGCUUUAAGUUCGUGCGCCUGCGCAGCAUUUCGGGGCUUGGAGAGUAACUGAAGGCUUUGUUGAGACCACCAUCGAUACGAGGAUUGCUCUGCAAAGAAAAAAUAACUAUUACUCAAGCCCAUUGAAAAUAUUACGAGAUGCCGCUUGCCUAAUUAUCGUGAACUUGCGUUGGAACAAAUUACAACACAUUAUUUGCAAUGGAGCCAACGAUUUCCUCCGUAUACAAACAAAACCGAGGCUUCUGUUUUUAAGGUGGAUAUUUAAGCUAGCAGCUACCUAGCCAGUCUACAUUGGAGUUAUUGUCUCUUUGUAAACACUGCGUCAAUUGUGCUAACUAGCUAACUACCAUAACAAAAAAACAUGGGACUCGUAUAUUGUUGAAAGGAGGCCGACUCCUUUCCAUUCGUUAGCUAAACAUGAGAGAAGAAAGUCGUUCUUUCUCAGGAAGGCAGCCCAUGGCAAUCGAAAGACGAGGUGAACUUUCCAGCUGUGCCGACUUCACGGAGGAGAAAGGGACAUCCGAGAGAGAUCUGCAACCCUGCAACGCUUUUCAUUUUACAUCAAAAUAAAACCCAGAGGUUCUGGAGUGAUGGAAACCGUGGGGAAAUUCGAGUUCAGCAGGAAGGAUUUGAUAGGACACGGUGCAUUUGCGGUGGUGUUCAAAGGCAGGAAUAGAGAGAAACACGACUGGGAGGUGGCCGUGAAAUGCAUAAACAAGAAGAACUUGGCAAAAUCUCAGACCCUUUUGGGGAAAGAGAUCAAAAUUCUCAAGGAACUAAAACAUGAAAACAUUGUUGCAUUGCAUGACUUUCAGGAAACGGCCAGUUCUGUGUACCUGGUCAUGGAGUACUGCAAUGGUGGGGACCUGGCGGACUAUCUCCACUCCAAGGGCACCCUGAGUGAGGACACCAUCCGAGUGUUCCUGCAGCAGAUAGCCGGGGCCAUGAGGGUGCUGCAGGCCAAGGGGAUCAUUCACAGAGACCUCAAACCACAGAACAUUCUGCUCUCCUACCCCGCAGGACGCAAGUCCCACUCCACCAACACCUGCAUCAAGAUAGCUGACUUUGGGUUUGCACGGUACCUUCAGAACAACAUGAUGGCUGCUACUCUGUGUGGAUCCCCUAUGUACAUGGCACCUGAAGUCAUCAUGUCUCAGAACUAUGAUGCCAAGGCUGACCUGUGGAGCAUAGGAACCAUUUUGUUCCAGUGUCUGACUGGGAAAGCCCCGUUUCAGGCUAGCAGUCCCCAGGACCUCCGGCUAUUUUAUGAGAAAAACAAGAACCUCAGCCCCAAUAUCCCCAGAGAGACCUCCUGUCCCCUGAGGCAUCUGCUGCUGGGUCUUCUGCAGCGCAACCACAAGGACCGCAUGGACUUUGAGGAGUUCUUCUGUCACCCCUUCCUGGAGGCGAGCUCGUCCAUGAAGAAAACAACUCCUGCUGUGACCAUGACGUGCUUUCCCAGCUCUGCUUCAGCCAGCUCCUGUAGCAGCUCUUCCACCUCACACCUGGCCUCCCCACCGCAGUCCCUGGCUGAGGUCCAGCAGCUCCGUGCUAAGACACUUGCCUCUCCUACCCAGGAUUCCCCUGGCUUCCUCCUCAAGGACUCGUCUGGAGGGGGCAGCAGUAAGAACUCCUCCUGUGACACAGACGACUUUGUCAUGGUGCCCGCCCACCUUCCCAGUGAGCUCACCUGUGAGGGGCCUACUGGAAAGGUGUUCCACGACAGUCUGAUGAACAGCGGCUCUCUGCUAGCCUUUGGUGGCCUGGGCAGUCAGGGCAAGACCCCACCCCACUCCCCCUCCUACAGCUGCUCCCCCAAUCCUAUCAGUCGGCCUAACGAGUUCUCUGGCAGUAACUGUGGUAACUAUGGUCAGUCGGUGCCCAUUCCAGUUCCCACUCAGGUCCAAAACUACCACCGUAUGGAGCAGAACCUCCAUUCCCCCAGCCAGGACGGCUCCCCACGGUUGUCCACCCCAGUGCGCCGCUGUAGCAGCAAUAGUUCACUGGGAUUCGGAAGGACUGGCCCAUCUCCGCCAUACCCAGGAGGCCACGGGGCCUUGGCUGGCCUCCGCAGGCUGUCUGUAGGAGGGGCCAGACCCUUCCAGCUUUCACCUCAAGUGGGUACCAUCCCUGAGCUGCCAGGGCAGGCGCACCCGCUGGGCACAGACACAGGUAGCGGAGGGUCGCAGGGCGGAGCUCUCCAGUUCCUCGACACGCGGUCUCCCCCUCAGCAGCAAGGCCUGGUCACCCGGCUUCACAGCGCCCCAUGUCUCCUCGAGGCUGCUAGCAGAGGCGGCCGGCAAAAGAUCAGGAAGCAGCACUCGGACCCAGUGGUGGCCAAUCACCAGGCAGGCAUGGUGACUAUGCGGCCCCUGCACUCUUCCCCCAGGCUGAGUGAACUCAUGCAGCGCAGCCCCCUCCCCACCAUUCUAGGAUCUCCCUCUAGAGCCAUCCCACCCUUUGAGUUUCCCAAACCUCCCAGCUCCCCCAACCUGGUGACCUUCCUGGCCCAGCAGGGCCUGGUUCUGGCCCCGCCUGGCAGCAGGACUGCCUCAGACCACAGGGACCCAGGACAGCCGCCCACUGGCCAGCUUGGUCAAUACAGCCACAGGACCGCAGAGGACAAGAGCUUUGGCAGGUCUCAGAGUGCAGGUCGUCUGUCUGACAUGUUGCUGAUGGCUGCGUUUGGAGGGCCGCUGGGGGAGCGGGACAGCAGUGAGAACCUCGGCUCUAACAGAGGAGCCAUAGACAUCACAGCACCCUCUGGUGGUGGUGCCGUGGCUGCAGGCUCAGCCAGCCCAGCCCAGGUGGUGUUCACUCUGGGCUCCCCGCCCAACAGCAGCACCCUACCACAGACCUCCAGGACCAGGCAGUACUCAGCAGGCUCCUCCAGCUCUAUCAGCCCAGUGGGGUCCUUUACCAGCCGAUAUCAGACAGGCACCUAUCUGGAGGGCUUCGAGGGUCCCUCCAGUCCACGCUACAGCUUCACGGACCCAAUCACGGCCAACAUGGGGGGACCGGUCACCUUCCUGGCCCCUGAGCUGCCAGAGGAGACACUGAUGGCGCAGGAGCACACAGAGAUCCUGAGGAGCCUUCGCUUCACCCUGGACUUUGCCUGCUGUCUGAUGGAGGUUGCGGGAGUCAGGGGGACCGGGGCUGGGGCUGUGGCGGAGCAAGGGGACACCUCCCCACCCUCCCUCCUGCAGCAGCAGAGCCUGGUGGCAGACCAGAUCAGCUCCCUCAGCCGGGAGUGGAGCUAUGCGGAGCAGCUGGUGUUGUACAUGAAGACUGCAGAGCUCCUGUCGUCUGCCUUACACACAGCCAUGGAGCGCAUCAAACAGGGCAAACUGUACCCCUCUGCUACUGUCAAACAAGUGGUGAAGAGACUAAACGAGCUUUUCAAGUCCAGCGUGUCAUCCUGCCUCUCCCUCAACGCCCGGCUGGAGCGCUUCUUCUCCAGGAAGCACCGUCUCAUGGACCACAUUAACACCAUCACCGCCGAGAGGCUGCUGUUCAGCCACACCGUUCAGAUGGUGCAGGCUGCUGCUCUGGAUGAGAUGUUCCACCAGGGAGAGGCGUCGGUGCAGCGCUACCACAAGGCCCUGCUGCUGAUGGAGGGCCUCUCCCUGCUCCUCACCGAGCACGACGACAUCCUCAGCGUUACCAAAUGUAAGGAGUGCAUCGAGCGUCGCCUCACAGCACUACAGUCAGGGCUCUGCGUCUGAGGACUCUGCUCAGCACCCAUGGAUGCUGCUAAACUAUGAUGUCAGUCAUUCUGGACAGACACCACCAUGCCCAUUCAACCUGACCCCCUCCCUACCAACUCAAUAUCCUCCCUCCACCCGCUAGUUUCCAUGGAGAUGCCAGCCAGUGGGGUGUGUGUGUGUGUUAUGAAGGGCCUGGACUGAGUAUGCUUGGGACUGGUGACGCUGGUCUCUCAUACUCACAGUGGAGCCUGUGACUGCCUGGUUGAUGUUGGAGAUGAAGGGCUUGUGAGAAGGCCACUACACACUCCUCCGUGUGUCAGACAGGACCCCACUACACAGACUGAGUGUGUUAACUAUUCAUUUCUGUGCAGUGUCCCAUACACACAGCCUCUUACCGUCAGUAACGCUGCCCUGAGCAAUCACAGCCACGCAGUCUGCCGGAGGAUUCUACUGCAGUCACAGACACGCUCCAUUUGAUCCUGUCAAUAAUUCAGCGCUAAGCAAUCACAACUAGACCCUCACUCCUCUUAAGACAUGAGGUAUCACUCUAUAAGAAGCCACUCUGUGUAAAAAUGUUCAUCUCAACCCCUAUGCGGGGCAUUGAGAAUAGUUGUGCUAUUUUUAGUUUGGCUUGUAAUGGUGAUGUGUGGACAAUAGUAUAGCGUGAUAUUACAGUGAGUGGGCUUAACUUGUCAACCAUCUGUUUGCCUCUUUUUGGUUUCUUUGAUGGUUUACAUUUGAUUUAGAUUUUUUUGUCAUUUUCAAGGAAACCAGAAGAGUUUAAGAGCGUUAACACAAUUGUAUGGCCUGUCACAGCCCACAGGCCUGUGUGUGGAGAAAAAAAUGUGUUGUUAUUGACCCAGCUUAAUGUACAUUCCUUUGAUAGAACCAUAUAAAGGUGCUGUUACAUAAGUAUUGUACUUUAUUCAUCCCUGUCUGUGACAAUUUGUUGACGCUAAGUUUGCCGUAUUAAGAAUGACAAUGUUGCCCUUUUGGACCCAGCAGAAACAUUAUUUUGACCAUAAACAGGAGAAUGUAGAGAGGAUUGCUGUAUGUGCCACUUCUGGGCCUUGACAGGAAAUGGACCUCACUGAGCAUUUCCUUUUGACCAAAGUGUUUGAUAUGGCUGCCAUGGUGGAAGAACAGCUGGAACUGCAUAAACCCAUUGAGCUUUUUAGUCUGAGUGCUUGAGAUGGAUCAUUUUAUUAAUAUUUCCUGAAGUUUGUAGCAAAUAUUGUUAUUUUAACCAGUGAAGGCCAGGAAUAGCACUUUGUAGACCAAUCAGACAAAUGGAUAUUGCCCAAAUUGAAAAAUAAACCAAUUUGCACUGAUCUGACCAAACACGUGAGAUUUAGUUGAGCUUUAUUUAUUGCAUAUUUUCCCAUUCAAACUUCUUAUCGGAGUACAGCAAUCACAAUCAGUUUGUAAGACAUGUUGGCAGUAGAGUAGCAGCCCCUGUGAUGACUACACCAGGGAUUGAUUACUGGUGUUUGGUGUUAUAGCACUGUGUUGAGGUUUAUCAGUACUGUACAGAAGGAAGAGUGAAGGUGACUUAUAAGAUGUACAUGAAACAUUAUAUGUUGAGUUUUUCAUGUACAUAUUGGGAGAGAUUUCAGUUUAUAUAGAGUAAUUUCUAUGGGUUUUAUUGUAGUUUUAGGCGGUUUUGUUAGGUUUAUUCAUAGUCAGAUGUCUAAGUGUGAUGGGUGUCUGAAUCUUGACAGGGAAAUGUCAUAAGCUAUUACAUUUUGAAAGGUGCCUUUGAGAAGAAGACCCCCCCCCCCUAAAAAAAUCCGCUACAUUUGUACACUGAAAAAAUAUUUGUUGUUUUGAGUGUGUUUGUUUCCUUUCACAGUAGCCAAAAUGAGGACUGAUGCUUGGAGUUUAUCGAAUUGUAGUGUAUCGGUUGUUGAAUUUAUAUUUGCUGGAAAGAGUUUUGCUUGAGGUGGGUGGAUGUUUCCCUAACCACAACUCUAGGACCACAUCAUUGUAAUCCCAGCAAUAACAAUUUGGGGAUAGAUAAAAUAUCUGACAAUAUAUCUGACAGUGCAAUGGACCAGUGGUUAGAAGCAACUUCUACCCACUCCAAAAAGCUUGCGUGUUUCGUGUAUGCAUUUGUGUGAAACAGUGUUUGUGAAAGAGUGAAUGGCUUUUAUAUUUCCUCACUACAGGGAACUAACAGAAACGAGAGCAGUCCUGCAGCUCUGUUGCAUAUCGAGCUAUGGAUCCUACCUGAUCGCCUUGUUCGUCAUGGGUAGAGCAGUAUGAGGAAGGGAGCAUUUUCCCCUGUGAAGAUUCUGUCUGAAUAUUUUGGUUUCCCCAUAUAUGCUUUCUUGCCUUUUCCUUUCACCAGUCAGUAAAAAUUGUAUUUUUGUUCUUACUUUGACAUGUUUAAUUUGCAUACAGCGUAUGUCAAUGCAUUAAUGUCUAGUUUAUAUUAUACACAUUCCAGAUUAUUAUGUCAUGUCUAGUGACCCAUAUGCUUCUUGUCACCCAGUGUGAUUCCUACUGAUCAGCUAGUAUAAAGUGGGAAAUGUUCAACGAGUGGCUGGUAGCAAGGCAAUGGUAGACCUUUAAGCUUUUUAUGCAUGUGUCACUUUUUUGUUUUGUUUCUUACGAUUAGUAGCCUAAAGCCACAUAAAUGUCAAAUAAAUCACUCUGUAGAAGAA